UGUUGGGCAUGCAGUCAGUGGGGUGUGUGGCUACAAGACAGACAGGCAGGUUGUGCUGAAUGAAGUGAAACAAAACUUGAGGAAGCAGCAUAUUACGUAAAGAUCAGCACAUCCAGAUAAAUAGCUAAAGGGGAACUUUGCACAACUGCUAUAAGUUCAAGGUGGAAUUGAAGGCCCAAAAUACAAGCGUUAGCAGCUGUUUCAGAGCAUCACCGUUCGAUAGACAGCACUAAAAGGAAGAGAGAGGGAGAGGGAGCAAGCAAGAGAGAAAGAGGCAGAGAGAAAGAGAACAGUAACAGAAAACCAGACAGAGGAGAGGCCGCUUCUGUUCAAGCUUGUUACUGAUCUUACUGAAAGGCUUCCUGUGUCAGCACCAUGGGAAAGUCAGCCUCAAAGCAGUUCGCCGAAGAGGUGCUGCAGUGCCAUAAUGAGUACAGGAUAAAGCACCAGGCUCCUCCACUGAAGCUGAGCAACAAGCUGAGCAGAGAGGCUGCCCGUUAUGCUGAAAGUCUGGCCAGCACACGGAUCCUGAAACACAGUGUGGAGUCCAGUAGAGGGAGCUGUGGAGAGAACCUGGCGUGGGCCUCUUAUGACCAAUCAGGGAAGGACGUGGCAGACCGCUGGUAUGAUGAAGUGAAACAGUACAAUUUCAACCGUCCUGGAUUCUCCUCCGGCACUGGCCAUUUCACAGCAAUGGUGUGGAAGAGCACUAAAAAACUGGGCGUUGGUAAGGCCACUGCAUCAGAUGGUUCUUCCUUUGUGGUGGCAAGAUACUUCCCAGCUGGGAAUAUCACUAACCAGGGACACUUUGAGAACAACGUUCUCCCAGCUAAAACUACUUCCUAAAGGUGUCUAGAUCCCCAAAGGCAUUUAUUCCUUUUUGCAGGAGGGAAGUUACCUGCAUGCACUGCUAUGGAGAAUACUCAGGAGAGCACCAAUUCUUGCCAUACUUUGAUCUUAUAUGGAUUCUAGAAGAUGAAAUGUACUGGGCUUUAAGUCCUAUGUUUGCAAUUUGGAAAGGGAUGUGUAUGAAAGAAGCACUACUGUUUGACUUUGCUAACAACACAAAUGCACCAUGUGGAUUGUGUAAUCUUGAUUCUGACGGUCAUUUACAUUACCUGUGACAGUAUUUCAUUCAUUAAUUCCAGUACUUUUAUAUUUUCACACACUGAAAUCCACCAUAGCCUCACAUCUGUAUUUGUGUAAGAAUGUGAACUAAUUUAGUCAGAAGGACAAGGACUACACAUUUACAUAUGGAGUCACUGCUUGUAAUAUAAAGCUGCAUGACUCAACAUGUUUGGUAUGUGUUUGUGUUAUUGCCACUGCUUGUCAAAGCAGAACACUGCUGUCCCAGAUGUGUUUUUUGUACUCUAAUCAGUUUUGUACAAUAAAGUUGAUAGAUUAUCA